AUGUCAAGUGCUGAAAAGACUGUUUUGAUUACUGGUGCUAAUCGAGGUAUCGGCCGUGGACUUACCGAGUCGUUCGUCAAGAAAGGUUACAAGGUAAUCGCCGCCGUAAGGGAUCUAUCCAAAGCUCCUUCCAUCGAAGGAUUGACGGCAGUAGUUAAAAUUGAUGCCAAUGAAGAGUCUGAUCCUGCAAAGGCCAUUGAAGAAUUGAAAACUAAAGGUAUCCAUCGUCUUGAUAUUGUAAUUGCCAACGCAGGUAUUGGACAAAACAGUCAACCCGUCCGAGAAGCCAGUCUAGAGUCUUAUGACGAGCAUCAUCGAGUCAAUGCCAGAUCAGUUUUGGUCUUGUUCCAACAGGCUUAUCCACUGUUGAAAAAGGAAGGAAGUAAAUUCAUAGUGAUUUCAACGGGUAUCAGUCAAAAUGGUUUUCAACAUUUCCCCAAUACUGGUGUUUAUGGCUCCUCGAAGGCUGCUGUCAACUUCAUUACCCGACAGAUUCAUUUUGAGGAACCUCAUUUGACAACUUUCAUGAUCUCUCCCGGAUGGGUAGACACGGAUAUGGGCAACAGAGGCGCAAAAGCAGCUGGAUUGUCAGAACCACCUGAAAAAUUAUCCGUCUCUCUUCCCCAAAUGGUCGAUCUUAUCGAAAAAUCCGAUAGAGAAAGUAGGGGUGGGUACAUGUGGAACUACGACGGUGAGAAAUGGGAUUGGUAA